CACGCACCCCUCAGCAUCAGCCGCGGCGCUGUCAGCAUGUUCUACCAGCAGGCCCUCUUCUUCACCCUCCCGCUGCUCCCCGUGCUCAUCCUCAUGCUCGACUUCUCGCUGCGCGGCACGUACGACGUGCUCGCCGUGCCGCUGCUGCUGCCCGAGCAUGUCGUGCGCGACGUGCUGCUGCCGCCGAGCCUGAGCCCGGGCCUGCUGCCCGUGCCGCAGGGUGUCUACGAGCAGCUCGGCCUCGCCGACGCCGUGCGCGCCGCCGACGGGACGCCGCAGCGCCUCGUGCUCCUGCAGCUCGGCUACCAGUCGCACACGGGCCCCGGCGCGCCGUGGAUGGGCAUGCGCAUGCAGAGCUUCAGCGAGGUCAAGCUCGAGAUUCCCUUCAUGCGCCACCCCAAGCUCGCGCGGUCCGAGCAGCCGUUCCUCUUCAAGCAGACGAUGCUCUUCUCGAACCCGCUCAUGUCCUUCUCAUCGAACAUCUUCCCGGGCGCACGCUCGGUGUACGCGUCCUUCCGCCCAAAGAAGUCGCCAGCCACGUACGCGCCCGACGCUGCCCAGCUCGAGUACGGCGUGACCGACUGGGUGCAUGCCGAGGCCACGCAGGCAGCAGCUCCGCGCGCACAAGGCAUGUGGCCGGCUGUGAAGGACAUGCUCAAUGCGCCCUGGUUCGCCGAGCGCUCGGGCAGCAGCGUGAUCCAGUUCAUCUUUGACGACAGCGCUGCGGAGAUCGCGCCGACGCUGUACGACGUCGAGGUGAAGCUGCGCAUGCGAGCAUGGCGGCAUCCGCUGCAGAAGCCGUACAGUGGGCCCGAGGAGAUCCUGCUGUCCGGCCAGGGCUUCCGCUCCAAGAUGGACUUCACGUCGCGGAGCGGCGCGGCACACAAGUUCAUCGAGUAGCACAACGGCGGACGGCUCCAUAUAUACGC